CCCCUAUGUACUACAAUGGAAUAUACCAUUUUUUCUACCAAUACAAUCCCGAAGGUGCAGUUUGGGGCAACAUUGUUUGGGCACAUUCAGUUUCAAAAGACAUGAUCAAUUGGGAAGCACUUGAACCAGCAAUUUAUCCUUCAGAACACUUUGAUAUCAACGGUGCUUGGUCUGGUUCAGCCACCAUUCUUCCUAACAAUAAGCCUAUAAUUUUAUAUACUGGUCUUGAUCCCAAAGACAGGCAAGUCCAAAACUAUGCAGUGCCAGCCAAUUUAUCUGAUCCCUAUCUGCGUAAAUGGAUCAAGCCGGGUAACAACCCAAUGGUUGAUCCUGAAGAAGGCGUGAAUGCCAGUGCGUUCCGUGACCCAACCACUGCCUGGUGGUUAAAUGGGCAUUGGAGAAUGCUGGUUGGAAGCAAAAGGAACCAUAGAGGGAUAGCCUAUCUGUAUAGAAGUAGAGAUUUCAUGUAUUGGAGUAAGGCUAAACACCCUUUACAUUCUGCACCCUAUACAGGAAUGUGGGAAUGCCCUGAUUUUUAUCCAGUUUUAUUAUCUGGUAAAGAAGGUUUAGAAACGUCCAAUUUCCGGGGAAAACCUAUCAAGCAUGUUUUGAAGGUGAGCUUGGAUGUUACCAGAUAUGAUUACUAUACGAUCGGUACAUAUUUAACUGCUAAGGAUAGAUAUGUUCCUGAUAAUACAUCAGUUGAUGGUUGGGCUGGCCUUAGAUAUGAUUAUGGAAAUUUCUAUGCUUCAAAGACAUUCUUUGAUCCUGCCAAAAAAAGGAGGAUUUUGUGGGGUUGGGUUAAUGAAUCUGAUACUACUGAAGAUGAUGUUAAAAAAGGAUGGGCUGGAAUUCAGGCAAUUCCAAGAACAGUAUGGCUUGAUCCUAAUCAAAGGCAAUUGACGCAAUGGCCUAUUGAAGAGUUGGAGACUCUAAGAGGGAAAAAUGUUAAAAUGAGACACCAACAGCUUAAAACAGGCGAUCAUAUUGAAGUCAAAGGAAUAACUGCUGCCCAGGCUGAUGUUAUUGUUACCUUCUAUAUUCCUAGUUUGGAUAAAGCUGAGCCAUUUAAUCCUAGUUGGACAAAUGCCCAAGAACUUUGUGCAAAAAAGGGAGCAAAAGUUCAAGGUGGGGUUGGUCCAUUCGGACUCUUGACAUUAGCUUCAAAAAACCUAGAAGAGUAUACUCCUGUCUUCUUCAGGGUAUUCAAAAGUUCAAAGAAGCAUGUAGUUCUCUUGUGCUCUGAUGCAAGGAGCUCCUCAUUGAUGGAUGGGCUAUAUAAACCAUCAUUUGCUGGCUUUGUCAAUGUAGAUUUGGCUGAUAAGAGGCUUACUCUUAGAAGUCUGAUUGAUCAUUCUGUUGUGGAAAGUUUCGGAGCUGAAGGAAAAACAUGCAUCACAUCCAGGGUUUAUCCUACAUUAGCAGUGUUUGAGAAUGCUCACUUGUUUGCAUUCAACCAUGGGACCGAGACUAUCACCGUUGAGAAUCUUAAUGCCUGGAGCAUGAAGAAGCCUCGGAUGAACUGGACAUUCCCACAUUCCAGUAUUAGGGACCGAGCGAGUGUAAAGGGUGUUGUGGAGCCUCGGUCCAUUUCUUUGAGAUCCGUUCUCAUCAACAAAUGGGCUAUCCCUGUACGGUUAGUUUUACUUCCUACCAAACCAAUAGAUUCCAUUACCUAUUUGCCAGCCUACCUGUGGUAGGUUCACGAAAGGCGUUGGAAUUCAUGCCUUUGUCAGCAACCACCGUCGGGUUUCCCUCAGCAGGCUUUUUCAAUUUACGUGGAUA